CGACAACGACCUGUUGUUAAGACCGACAUCAAGAAAACUUCGACAUGAAGGUGUGCAUCAUUGGCGCGGGGGUCAUCGGUCUCUCCACUGCUCAGAGCAUCUACCAGCACUUCCACAGCAGAGUCUCUCCUCUCACCAUAGAGGUUUAUGCUGAUAUCUUCACCCCUCUGACCACCAGCGAUGGGGCAGCUGGACUCUGGCAGCCCUAUCUCUACGACAAGGGCAACGUCAAAGAAACUCAAUGGAACAAAGAGACCUUUAACUAUCUACUGAGUUUCAUCAACUCUCCAGAUUCAGUGAAAAUGGGAAUUUUCCUUCAGUCUGGCUACAAUCUGUGUGCUGAACCAAUGCCGGAGCCGUCGUUUAAACAAGCUGUUUUGGGUUUUCGUCAGCUUUCUAAACGUGAACUAGAGAUGUUCCCAGGUUACAGUUUUGGCUGGUUCAACACUGCUCUCAUGAUUGAAGGAAAGACGUAUUUGCCCUGGCUCAUGAACUGGUUAAAGCAAAGAGGCGUCGCAUUUUUUCAGAGGACGAUUGACUCAUUUAAAGAGUUGUCAGACAGUGGUGCUGAUAUGAUCAUCAACUGCUCUGGUGUUCGCUCAGGAGAUUUGCAGCCUGACCCUGAGCUCCAGCCAGCCAGAGGACAGAUCAUUAAGGUAGACGCCCCCUGGUUAAAGCACUGGGUCAUCACGCAUGAUUCCACAUCAGGAGUCUAUGAUUCACCGUACAUCAUUCCUGGGAGUCGUUUGGUCACAGUUGGUGGAGUUUUCCAAGUGGGAAACUGGAAUCGGAUGAACAGUUCAGUUGACCAUAAAGGAAUCUGGGAAGCCGCCUGCAAACUUGAGCCCAGUCUACAGCAUGCACGGAUAGUGGAAGACUGGACUGGUCUCAGACCUGCACGGAGUAAAGUCAGACUGGAGAGAGAAGCCAUACGAUCUGGAGGACACUCAUUUGAGGUCAUCCAUAACUAUGGACAUGGAGGUUUUGGGCUAACCAUCCAUCGUGGAUGUGCUGAGGAAGCUGCUCGGCUCUUUGGACAGUUCCUGGAGCAGAAAGGAUUGCUAGCAGCACAAGCUAAAUCACGCCUUUAACAGAUCUGAGCCACCAGAUAGCAUUAUCAAUAAUCUAUAAUCUUAAUGCACAUCGUCCUACCAAUUCCAAAAGAUCAUUUGUCCACAUUUCUCUGCCAGUAUAGACACACAUACUCUCUUCUUUUUUUAAGCAUACUUUAUUGUUAUCGUACAUGUACAUCCAGUGCAGUGGCAAGAAAAUCAGUGCACACAGACACAAAACGCGGCACUAAAUCGCAAAAGGCAGGCAUAGGAGAAAACUUUCUGGACAACUGCACACUUCCCCCAUCAUGCCACACACACACCCACACACACACACACACCGUACGGCUGAAAAGGCAGAAAUACAAAUAACCGAUUAUAGUAUUGAGCAGUCGAGCUGAAGAAACAAAGUGUGUUUUGAUGCAAGCCACUGUUUGAAAAAUGUGCUGAUGUGCUAGAAUAGACAGGAAUAAAAUCAUAAUAAUGUGACCUAAA